AUGAAGAAAUGCACAGAGCGAUUAAAUAGAAUCGGUGUCUCCCGUCUUCCAGGUUGGGGUUCGAAAAACUAUGCAACUGGCUGGCUGGAGACACUGAAGGAUAUGGCGGCUGACCGACAGCAGUGGCGUUCUUCUGAUCCGGAUAAAUCGUAUUGUGUAUUUUUGAAACGCCACACAUGUUACGAUUUGAUUCCACUCAGUGCCAAACUGGUCGUAUUCGAUGUAACGCUCAAUGUAAAAAAAGCGUUCUUUGCGCUGGUAUACAACGGCGUGCGGGUUGCAAUCCUUUGGGACUCGGAUAAGCAACGUCACGUUGGUAUGCUGACAAUCACGGACUUCAUCCGAAUAUUGCACCAGUAUUAUCGGUCUCCAAACAGUCCGAUGACCGAGUUAGAAAAUCACCAAAUCAAAACUUGGCGGGGUGAGUGUCAUAGCUAUUAG